CCAACUACGACUAACUGCGCACCUACAUCGCCAAAAACAUGAACACUUGUCGCUCCAUUUCGUCCCGGAAUGCGUCCUGCUCGCACUCUCGCGCUCCAGCACGUCUUGUUGGAGCUCGCAGCCGACGACCAGCGGUGUCAGUUCGGGCAUUGCUAAAGGCAAAAGGUCCCUUCGCGGAUCAAAUUAGCUGGAGUCAAACCACGGACGAGGUGUUGGUGGAGGUGCCCGUGGCGGCGGGGGUGCGCGGUCGCGAUGUAUCGUUCGAAAUCCACCCCCGGCGGCUGAGGCUGGCGGUAGAGGGCCAGGCGGUGCUGGAGGGAGGGUUGGCGGAUGCGGGGGAGGUGACCGUGGACGAGUGUUUUUGGACUCUGGAGACGCGGCCCGACGGCUCCCGCUACGUGGCCCUCACCCUGGCCAAGCGGACCAGCGGCUACAUGAGCUGGGAGGCCCUCCUGGAGAGCGAUAAACCGGAUUGCAGCUUCACACACAGGGUGGGACUCAAGAUAAGCAUUGCGGGUCAACCGGCCGGUACGGUGGUUUGCGGUUUGUACGGCAAUGUUGUACCCAAGACGGUUGAGAACUUCCGAGCGCUGGUGACCGGGGAGAAGGGCACCUCCCCGCGGUCCGGGAGGCCGCUGCACCUCAAGGGAUGCGGAUUCCACCGGAUUAUUCCCGGCUUCAUGUUGCAGGGAGGGGACUUCACACACGGAGAUGGUACGGGCGGGGAGUCCAUAUAUGGGGAGAGGUUCCCGGAUGAGAACUUCAAGCUGCGCCACGAUACGGCGGGUUUGCUGGCUAUGGCUAAUGCGGGACCCGACACCAACGGGUCUCAGUUCUAUAUCACCCUGGCACCCCAGCCUCAUCUGGAUGGCAAGCACGUGGUGUUCGGGAAGGUGGAGGUGGGUAUGGAGGUUAUUCGUACAAUGGAGAACGAGGGCAGCAGCAGUGGGCAGGUGGAGCGACCCGUGGUCAUUGAGGACUGCGUGGAGUUGCCGCUAGGGCCGCAGGAGUUGGACCGGUUGGCCGAGGAGAACAAGAUGUUGAGACUCAACCAGGCUACUGCCUAGCUAGUGGCGGGGGAGGGGAGAGAGAGGGGGGGAGAGGGUUCGUGUGAGCGUAUUUUGU